UAGCUGUCAGUAAUAAUAAUAACAACAACAACAACAACUACUACUACUACUGCUACUAUAUUGACUAUCAAGUACGCCUCAUCUCGCACGUAUCUCUCGUACGCCACAUUUGCUUGUAGAUCUCAUUUUGUUCGACUCACGUAACUACAAGAAACAGUCAAAGUGAAUUAUCUAAGGCAAUACAUCGACGAUAUCCGCAGGAUUAUCGAGGAGAAAAUGUCACUCAAUCCGAACGGGUAUAAGCUCUCCGAAAGGACGGGCAAACUAACGGCAUAUGAUCUCAUGCCCACUACAGUCAGCGCCGGCGCCGAGACUCGCGAAUUUCUGCUGAAAGUUAUCGACGUACUUCUGGACUUUGUGAAGGCCACAAACGAUCGGAACGAGAAGGUUCUAGAAUUCCAUCAUCCGGAGGAUAUGAAGCGAUUGUUGGAUCUCGAUGUGCCAGAUCGUGCUUUGCCGCUGCAGCAAUUGAUCGAGGAUUGUGCCUCCACGCUGAAGUAUCAAGUCAAGACGGGCCAUCCCCAUUUCUUCAAUCAGCUGUCGAACGGCUUGGAUCUGAUCUCAAUGGCGGGCGAAUGGUUGACCGCAACUGCCAAUACCAACAUGUUCACAUACGAGAUUGCUCCGGUCUUUAUAUUGAUGGAGACUGUGGUGCUCACCAAGAUGCGUGAGAUCAUUGGCUGGUCCGGUGGCGAUUCAAUUUUGGCUCCCGGCGGUUCCAUUUCCAAUCUAUACGCUUUCUUGGCCGCUCGUCACAAGAUGUUUCCCGACUACAAGGAGCACGGCCCAGCAGGCUUGCCCGGCACUUUGGUGAUGUUCACAUCGGAUCAGUGCCAUUAUUCGAUUAAGUCGUGCGCUUCUGUUUGCGGCUUGGGCACCGAUCACUGCGUCAUGGUGCCAUCGGAUGAGCACGGCAAGAUGAUCACCUCGGAGCUGGAACGUCUGAUUUUGGAGCGCAAGGCCAAGGGUCACAUCCCAUUCUUCGUGAAUGCCACAGCUGGUACUACAGUGCUGGGCGCCUUCGAUGAUUUGAACACUAUUGCCGAUAUCUGUCAGAAGUACAACUGCUGGAUGCACAUCGAUGCUGCCUGGGGCGGUGGCCUGCUAAUGUCCCGCAAACAUCGUCAUCCCAGAUUCACAGGCGUUGAACGCGCCGAUUCCGUCACCUGGAAUCCACACAAAUUGAUGGGCGCCUUGCUGCAGUGCUCGACCAUUCAUUUCAAGGAGAAUGGCCUGCUCAUCAGCUGUAAUCAAAUGUCUGCCGAAUAUCUGUUCAUGACCGAUAAGCAUUAUGAUAUCUCGUACGAUACGGGCGAUAAGGUCAUUCAGUGUGGCCGUCACAACGACAUCUUCAAGUUGUGGCUGCAGUGGCGAGCCAAAGGCACUGAGGGCUUUGAGCAGCAACAGGACCGUUUGAUGGAGCUGGUUCAAUACCAGCUGAAGCGCAUACGGGAGCAGUCGGAUCGCUUCCACUUGAUAAUGGAGCCCGAGUGCGUGAAUGUAUCGUUCUGGUAUGUUCCCAAGCGUUUGCGGGGCGUGCCACACGAUAGCAAGAAGGAAACGGAGUUGGGCAAGAUCUGUCCCAUUAUCAAGGGCCGCAUGAUGCAGAAGGGCACACUAAUGGUGGGCUAUCAGCCCGAUGAUCGACGACCAAACUUCUUCCGAUCGAUCAUUUCAUCGGCGGCUGUUACCGAGGCCGAUGUGGACUUUAUGCUCGAUGAGAUUCAUCGUCUGGGUGAUGACUUGUAAGAGGCGCAAGGAGCUCAUGAUAUUAUAUGUUUUCUUAGAGCACUCAGCAGGCAUCCAGCAGGCACGCAGUUACAAAUAAUAUACAUACAUAAUGAUAUAUUGUAGCUGUUCUCGCAUCAUCCAUACAACCAAGAAGUAUCUUUAAGGUAAAAGCAUAUCAUAAGACCGCAAAUUCCCAGUUCAAUGUUUUGGACGCGUUACAAUGUUCCUUUUCGAUCUUCCAUAUAUGUGUUUAUGUGAAUCCAACGCCACUGUUGCAAUUGAAAAGCAAGAAAUUAGAUACAUAUUGUAUUUAUAAUCAAAGUGUUAUCAUUUUAUGUCUAAAUCAAAUGUUUAUUCUAAUGACUGUUGCAUGUUACGAACAAAUUAUAUAAACAAAUAAAUAUCAGCAUAUAUAAUUGUAUGUAUAUGUACUUAUAAGCCAAUUAUAGAACACUAUACCACCCCCACUCACCACCAAACAACAACACAAAGGACAAUAUCCCAAGGCUUCCCACACACACCACAUUUAAUCAAAAUAUUAUAUAAAGGACCCGUACUUUUGGAAUGCUAUGCAUGUUUUGAGGCUGCGCAAUUGCAAUGUUUAAGAUUGAGAUUGAGAUAAUUGAUAAUUAUUAAUUGUUUGGAGGUUUUUGCUAGUGAGUGGUGUGCACGAAAACAAAAACAAAAAAGCCAAAGAAUGAACAUAUUUAGAUUCAAUUUAAACUGAAAUACCUUUACAAGUAUAUGUACUAUAUACUGGCAUAUAGAAGUUGUUGGAAUCUGAUUGAAAAUAGAAACAGUACAUACGCUAUCCUAACAUAUCAAGAACAAGUUAAGCGGAUUUAUGUUUAAUUCAAUUAUAUUUAGUUGCAUUUGUUUAUGACUAAGAGUUUCUAGAACUUAGUUCAUCAGUUGGUGUUGUAAGUUUUGUUGCCAAAUAUAAAAUAAACCUAACAACUUAUCUACUAAAAUGCAAAGCUAUGUGCGUACCUUUAUAUAAAUUUUCGACAGAGACCUGUGCUUGUUAUUGUUAUUGUACUUGUAAUUAUAUUAACUGAAGUCAAAAGUAUUGAAAUGUAUAUUUGAAAUUGUUAUUUAGCCAAGCGGUUGAAUGGUGUAAUCGCGUUCCCAGCGCACACUGAACUGUGCGACCGGAACCGAUUGACCAAAUCUAGUCCAAGUACCCAACUGUGCUAUAUACUCGUACCUAUCUAUAUGUAUAAAUAAUUGGUUCAAAUUAUGUUGUAAUUGUUUCAUUUGUGGCCAUACAAAAUGUAAAAGUGUCAAUUAAAUUCAAUUAAAACAAAAAAUGCAAGAAAUCACUUUAUAACUGUUGGAACGAUAUAUAUACGAACUAAACUAUAUAAAAUAUAUACAUUUCUUGAAAAGUUUUCAAAAUUUCAUUUCAUUUUGUUGAAAUAUAUUUCAUUUCAAAAUCUCCCUUUAAUCUCGACAUUUAGUUCUUUUCUGUUUAAAGUAAUAUAAUUUUUUUAUAAUUUCCCAAGUAUCAGACGCGUGCCAGCGGAAAAGGAAGGCAAAACUACAAAUAAGAAACAAUUUUCAUCACACAACACGCGUUGUAAACAAAGAAAAAAGAAAACAAUUUAUUCAAUGAUUCAAUAUUAAUAAUAAUUCUAUUUUAUUGUGCUGUUAAAUAAGUUUAAUCGAAACGAAUUAUGUAUAUGUGUAUAUGUAUCAGAUAUAUCAGAAAUAUGACUUCAGCAAAAAGCUAAGAUCAAUGAAAACCAAUUUUAAGUCAUACGAGUAUGAAUUGCAUUUUAUGUAUAAAUAUGUGUACGUAUCUGAGAUAUCAACGCGCGAAUAAUUAUUCCAGCAUCACGUAAAAUAUAUAAAGGUAUAUAUAUGUAUACAUAUGAAUAAAUCAAUAAUAAAUGAAAAUAAUCAAAGAAA